CCAGCGCUGGCGAGUCGCUCGUGGUCCUGCGCCCUCGCCGCACGCCCGGCGGCAUGGAGCCGGUGCCCCGCGAGGAGAAGCCUAACCCGCUGCAGGAUGCCAGCCUCUGCUCCCGGCUCUUUUUCUGGUGGUUGAAUCCCUUAUUUAUUAUCGGCCAUAAACGGAGGCUUGAAGAAGAUGAUAUGUAUAAAGUGAUGCCAGAAGAUUCCUCAGAGAAGCUUGGAGAGGAAUUGCAGUGGUACUGGGAUAAAGAGGUGCAAAAAGCAAAAAAGAGAGGAAAAACACCACAUUUAACAAAAGCCAUUAUUCUGUGUUACUGGAAAUCCUAUUUAGUUUUUGGAGUUUUCACAAUGAUUGAGGAAACCCUCAAAAUAGUUCAACCACUUAUUUUGGGAAAAAUUAUUAGGUUUUUUGAAAACUAUGAUGCCUCAAAUGAGGCAGCUUUGAGUUUUGCGUAUUACGCAGGUGCUCUGUCUGUGUGCACACUUAUUCUGGCUACAAUGCACCACUUAUACUUCUAUCAUGUACAGCGGGCUGGCAUGAAGCUCAGGGUGGCUAUGUGCCACAUGAUUUAUCGGAAGGCACUUCGUCUCAGUAAUGUAGCUAUGGCGAAAACUACCACUGGUCAAAUAGUAAACCUGCUGUCAAACGAUGUGAACAAAUUUGAUCAAGUAACGAUUUUCUUGCACUUCCUGUGGGCUGGACCACUUCAAGCUAUAGCAGUAACAGUACUUCUCUGGAUGGAAAUAGGCCCUUCAUGUCUUGCAGGAAUGGCAGUUCUGAUUAUUCUUCUUCCUGUGCAGACCGGUAUUGGGAGGCUUUUUUCUUCCCUCAGAAGCAAGACAGCUGCCUUAACAGAUGUCAGGAUUAGGACCAUGAAUGAAGUGAUAAGCGGUAUGAAGAUAAUAAAGAUGUACGCUUGGGAAAAAUCAUUUGCAGAACUUGUGAAUGGCUUAAGAAGGAAGGAGAUUGCCAUGGUUAUGAAAAGCUCCUACCUUCGAGGACUGAACUUAGCCUCGUUCUUUGUGGCAAGCAAAAUAACAGUGUUCAUGACUUUCAUGGCAUAUGUACUACUUGGCAAGCCUAUCUCUGCAAGCAAGGUGUUUGUGGCCGUGUCCCUGUACGGAGCAGUGAGACUCACGGUGACCCUGUUCUUCCCUUCGGCCGUGGAGAGAGUGUCCGAGUCGCUGAUCAGCAUCCGGCGAAUCAAAAACUUUCUGAUGCUUGAUGAGGUCUCACACUUCCAGCCACAACUGCAUGGCAGUAAUGAAAAUAUCAUUCUUCAUGUUCAGGACUUGACCUGCUACUGGGAUAAGAGUUUAGAAACCCCAGCACUUCAAAAUAUUUCGUUUACUGUCAGACGAGGAGAAUUAUUGGCUGUGAUUGGUCCUGUAGGAGCUGGAAAAUCUUCGCUCUUAAGUGCCGUGCUUGGUGAGCUACCUAAAGACAGUGGUUUGAUAAAUGUUACUGGAAGAAUUGCCUAUGUUUCUCAGCAGCCUUGGGUGUUUUCUGGCACUGUAAGAAGUAAUAUACUGUUUGACAAGGAAUAUGAGAAAGAAAAAUAUGAAAAUGUUUUAAAAGUCUGUGCUCUUAAAAAGGACAUGGAACUAUUGGCUAAUGGUGACCUAACAGUAAUAGGAGAUCGUGGAGCUACUCUGAGUGGGGGACAGAAAGCCCGUGUAAAUCUGGCCAGAGCCGUGUAUCAGGAUGCAGACAUCUAUCUUUUGGAUGAUCCACUGAGUGCAGUAGAUGCUGAAGUCGGAAGACAUUUGUUUGAAAAAUGUAUUUGUGAGGCCUUACAUCAGAAGAUUUCUGUUUUGGUCACUCACCAGUUGCAAUAUCUCCGUGCUGCAAAUCAGAUUCUAAUUUUAAAGGAUGGUAAAAUGGUUGGGAAAGGUACCUAUGCAGAGUUCCUGAGAUCUGGCAUCGACUUUGCUUCCCUUUUGAAAAAAGAUGAGGAAGUGGUAGAACAACAGUCAGUUCCAGGAACCCCCAACCUGAAGUCUGCCCGGAACCGAACCUUCUCGGAGUCCUCUGUCUUGUCCCAGGAUUCGUCCAUCCACUCACAGAAAGAUGGAGCUGUGGAGCAACCACCUGGUGAAAAUGCACUGGCUGCAGUGCCAGAGGAGAGUCGCAGUGAGGGAAAAAUAAACUUUAAACUUUACAGAAAAUACUUCACUGCAGGAGCAAACUGCUUCGUGAUUUUUAUACUCUUAGUAUUUAAUAUUUUGGCACAGGUGGCCUAUGUGCUCCAGGACUGGUGGCUUUCUUACUGGGCAAAUCACCAAGCAAAUCUCACAACAAAUGGAUAUAAUGGAACAUAUAAGAGUGAACCUCUAGACCUUAACUUUUAUUUGGGAAUUUAUGCAGGUUUAACAGUGGCUACAAUACUAUUUGGCAUAAUAAGAAGUCUUCUGGUGUUUCAAGUUCUUGUCAGUUCUGGUCAGAAUUUGCACAACAGAAUGUUUCAAUCCAUUUUGAAAGCUCCUGUCUUGUUUUUUGACAGAAAUCCUAUUGGAAGAAUCUUAAAUCGUUUCUCCAAAGACAUUGGCCACUUGGAUGACUUGCUUCCAUUGACGUUCUUGGACUUCGUACAGACUCUCCUACAGAUUUUUGGUGUGGUGGCUGUGGCUGUGGCAGUGAUUCCUUGGAUACUCAUCCCCUUAAUUCCACUAUUUAUUCUUUUCAUUUUUCUUCGACGAUAUUUCUUAGACACUGCAAGAGAUAUUAAACGCCUAGAAUCCACAACUCGAAGUCCAGUGUUCUCCCACUUGUCGUCAUCCCUCCAGGGGCUUUGGACUAUUCGGGCUUUGAAAGCAGAGGAAAGAUUUCAAAAAUUAUUUGAUGCACACCAAGACCUCCACUCAGAGGCCUGGUUUCUCUUCUUGACGACCUCGAGGUGGUUUGCUGUGCGUCUGGAUGCCAUCUGUGCCAUUUUUGUUAUAGUGGUUGCUUUCGGUUCCCUGCUUCUCGCCAAGACUCUGAAUGCGGGGCAGGUUGGUUUGGCACUCUCCUAUGCAAUCACCCUCAUGGGAACAUUCCAGUGGGGUGUUAGACAAAGUGCUGAAGUUGAAAACCUGAUGAUAUCAGUAGAAAGAGUGAUGGAAUAUACAGAACUUGAAAAAGAAGCUCCUUGGGAGACCAACAAACAUCCACCACCAGAAUGGCCUAACCAAGGAAUGAUAGCAUUUGAGAAUGUUAACUUCACUUACAGUCUAGAUGGACCAUUGGUUUUAAGACACUUGUCUGUUUCAAUUAAACCAAGAGAAAAGGUUGGAAUCGUGGGAAGAACCGGAGCUGGGAAGAGCUCUCUGAUAGCAGCCCUCUUUCGCUUGGCAGAACCUGAAGGAAGGAUUUGGAUUGAUAAGUACUUGACAUCAGAGCUGGGACUCCAUGACCUGCGGAAGAAAAUUUCAAUUAUACCUCAAGAGCCUGUUUUAUUCACUGGAACUAUGAGGAAAAACUUGGAUCCUUUCAAUGAAUACACCGAUGAAGAGCUGUGGAACGCCUUGGAAGAGGUGCAACUGAAGGAGGUUGUGGAAGAUCUACCCAACAAAAUGGAGACACAGCUGGCAGAAUCUGGAUCUAAUUUUAGUGUUGGUCAGAGACAGCUGGUGUGUCUUGCCAGAGCAGUUCUAAAAAAAAAUCGUAUUCUUAUCAUUGAUGAAGCAACAGCAAAUGUGGACCCAAGAACAGAUGAGUUCAUUCAAAAGACGAUCCGUAAAACCUUCGCUCACUGCACAGUGCUGACCAUUGCACACCGCUUGAACACCAUUAUUGACAGUGACAGGAUUAUGGUUUUAGAUGCGGGAAGACUGAAAGAAUAUGGUGAGCCUUACAUUUUGCUGCAAGAACAAGACAGCUUGUUUUACAAAAUGGUGCAACAAGUGGGCAAGACUGAAGCGGCUUCUCUGAUUGAAACAGCAAAACGGGUAUACUUCAGUAAGAAUUACCCAGAAGUUCUUCAGAAUGGUCACCUUGCCACAGACUCCUCCUUGGAUCCUUCCUCAGGAUUAUGCAUAACUGAAACUGCACUGUGAUUCCUCUUUGCCUUAACUGUGUAGAAUGUAAACCUGAGAUCAUCUAAACUCGGUGACAACAUUUGCAAGUGUCAACAGGAGAGGAAAGGGAGGGAGGCGAUUCUUUGCACUGGACAUCCUUCCUAUUUAAUACUAAGAAGAAAAAUUUUACUGUCCCUGUUUCUUUCAUUUCAGUGCAAUAUGUUUUUCUUUCCAACUAAUUAUGUUUGUGUUGCUAAGGAAAUUAGGCAGAUUCAGGGGUUUUUUUGAAAGUUACGUGGUAGAGAUCUCUUUUAUUUAAACAGGUGCAGGACACCUAACAGGUCUAGUAUGCAUAUUUGGAGCUUAGUAAAAUAAUUGGAAUGCGUCCUUUUUUUCUCUUUUAGAAAUAUUUUGAGAGCAAGCAAAACCAAAUUUUUUUCAGUGUCACUUUAGCAUGACAGCUCUGUCUGAACAGCAGAUUUGGUAGUGUGCAACUCACUUGUCUAGAGAACUGUCUUUCUACCUGUCACAAGUAACUAUGCAGGCUGGUAAGAAAAAAACUUGAAGAAGCCAAAUACACUUUUUUUUUUGAUAGAAAAGUACUAUAUACUUUUUUUUUUAAUAAACUGUUCAAAUAGUGCUGUUCAAGAUGAAUGUAAAUAUUAGUUUUAUUUUGCUAAAAUCCAAAUGCUGAAAAAUCAGUCUCAGUCUUCUGUACUUCAGAAGAAAAUUACCACAUUUGCACUGAAGAAAUAUUUAAAUAAUUUAACAUACAUUCCUCUUUUUACCCGGGUUAUCAAAGAAAAAAAGGUAUUAAAAUAACUUGAGGAAAUGUUUGAAUGACAUCUCAUUAUACCUAAAUACUGUGUAGUACAAAGUUAUCUCCAACACAACACAUUGAAAUGUAUACAUUAUUUGCAUUUAUUGUGCCUUAAUAUUUGUGCCUUCAAGCCAACACUGUAACUGCAGGGUACGUAACAAAUUCAUUAGAUAUAUGUUAAAAAUAUGUAACUUUAGUAUAUUUAAAGUUUUGCAUCAGGAGUUCUGUUGAACUUCAGCUGUUUGAAGUUACCAUCCUGCCAGAAUAAGUAGGAAAAUACAACCUGUAGUUUCGCAUGGCUGUUGCUGAUAGAGAGGAAUGCAGUGAGAGAGGGGUUCAAUAUUCAUAAGUUAUGUCCUGAUUCAGCAAAGCACUUUAACACAAAGGCACUAUUCCCAUGUUUAAAAAAUAAAUCAAGCAAGUGCUGGGUUGAGUCAGAUUUUUUCAAAUUUAGUGAGGUAUUCUUUGAGGUCCAGUAGAAAAUACAUCUAUUCAUCUUGCUGUUUAAAGGGCACAGGAGAGACUAAAAGGCAACAGAUUUCUUCAGAACAUGGAAAAUACUGUCCUUUUUAAAAUAUACUGAAGAUGCUUGCUAUUACCUUUGUAAUGCCGAACAAGUGUUAUUUACCCAAUGUUCAUCCAGUGGUCUAAAAGUAAGGCAAUCAUAAAUGUUUCUCAUUUCAAGCAGUUCUACUAGAGUAUGAUUUAGUCAGAUGCAAAGUUACUUCUUACUGAGAAGUAAAUUGAGGCCAAAGCCUGCACCUCAGGACAGCCACUCAUCUUGGACAUUUUCCUGCUCCGAGCCAGCCCAGUGGUGAGAGGCAGAAUCUCUGUUCCCCUGUUCCAGUAUUCUCCUUGCACUGGGGCAUACUGUCCUGUUUUGAGAUGCCAGGGGAGAGGGAAUUGUGUCUGCAGUGCCACCAGCCAGCUUUCUGAGGGACAGGGGCAUUUGGAGCAAAACAUCCAUUUUGUGGAACAAACAUCAGGCUUCUGUGCUUGCUGGUAACAUCCUCUUACAUGGUUAGAAAUCAUUAAGGGAGAGUUACAAAAUAAGGGGCUUUUGCUCUGUGCCUUUUUAUGUCAAGUCCUAACAUUUCUCCUGCAGUGUGUAGCGGCUUACACUGUAACAAGUUCCACUGAGAUGGGUGGAACUGAACUUCACACAGUGUUGUGCACCAGGAGGCUUGUGCUACAUCUGAUGAUAAAAUGUCAGCCAGCCAGGGGCAGCUACCAGCCGCCAAGCCACAUGGCACAGAUGUGCUCGUGUAGGCAGUGCUUAUGGCAGAUGCUUUUGAGAACACACCAGCCACAUCCACUUUUUGUAUUUCUUGGCCCUUCUCUGAGCUGCUGCAGUCCACUUACACAGUGUCCUAGCACACA